CUCAACGCAUGUGCAGACCUUUUAAAUGAAUAUUUAAGAUUUUUCAAGCACAUUUUAUCCCCUAAAUUUCCAGUGGAAAACCUUAUAUCCAUAUUAAAAAAAAAAAACACGCUAAUCCUUUGUACGCACAUUGAAAUUGAUAUUGGGUCGGCAUGCCCUUGAAAACAUAUCUUAAGCCUUAAUGCCUGAAACAGAAACCUAUUGCAUUAUAUGCAUAUUAAACAUAUGCACUUACAUGUGUUAACACUUUAUUUUUGUCACAAUGUGUUAGAAUUCUGUACUCGUAUAUUUUUAGUUUAUUAAGCUUCCACUUUGCUUUGCACCGUGUAUUAACGUAAACAAAACAAGCAUCAUUUAGUAUGGUUUGGACUUAUAAGAAACUGUAUCCGGUAACAGAGAAAGGGUUUGUUUUGUAAGUCUUCUUCCACUUAAUUUGAAUAUUAUCGGGCAUAUUCAUGUACAGCCCAGGUAAAACUGUCAUUGAACUUAUAAAUCACAGCAACAGAAUAUUGCCAGGAAGGUAAAAAUAAGCAAUUUCUCAUUCAGUGCACUUGUCCGCAGCAGACAUUUUUUUCCGGCUACGCUUUCAUUGAAACAUUAUCCGCAUCCGCUAUGCCGUUUCUAAUCCAAACAAGAAAGUAGUCCUUGUACACGUUUUUUAUAAAGGAAAAAAACCACUUUACUCUUGCCAUGAAUUAAUAUAAAUCCAGUAUUUGUUUACGAAAUGUCUCACAAUUUCUUUCCUCGCCCCAUCGCUUAGACAGCUCACUGUAUAAAAUAUAUAAUUGCUUAUUCCGUACAUGUGUUACACAAAUUAUAGCAACACGAGAAUCCUGGGCUAACGAAAGUCCAAUAGUACGCAGGCGAGAAACACGGGAAAAGCGCAAUCUUAUAUUAUGAGAAAAACGUGCUUAAAAUGGCCAUGAGGAUCUACAGAGUAUUUCAUAAUUAUAUAACAACUGCUAUUAAAUGCGAAAAAGUAAAUAGGAUCGAAUAAAUUUAGGAAUGUUUUACGUCAAUGGUUUAUACGUACUUUAUUAUUUGUUUUGUCAUAUAAUCAUUGUUUUAAGUACAAUAUAAGCCUCAAACGAUCAAAUAUAUAAAAUACUGCACGAUCCUUAGCGCUGACGCGCUGCGGGCAGUCCAAUACUUUACAUAUUGGAUCGUUUUCGUCUUAUAUCCUAUACAUCAUCUAUUCCAUUACAAGGAUUAUAUUAAACAUUAACCGCGCAUUCCAGUUAAACGUGGUUUAUGCGUGUUUAAAUCACUUACAUACACUAUUGAAUAUUUUUGUUAGGAAAAUAUAUUUUACAAAAUUAUGUCGAAUAUCGUUCAAACUGUAUUUAGAGGCAAACGGCUGUUUACGAUUUUAGUUAUUCUUUGGCUUACAUGGAUAUUCACAUGCUUGAAUUUGUUAACUAGAGAUAAAUAUGCGCGUGCGAUUAGAGGAAAGAAAUAUGUGUUGAAUAAGGAUUAUCCUAAAAUUGAAUUGACCUGUAACAAAUGUUUAACACUGAGUCUUUCAUACUUAAUAAAUAACAAAAAUGUUUGCAGAAAUGACGUACCAGACAAGACCAUCGAUAUUUUGAUACUAAUUACAACAGUAAGCGAUCAUUUUGAAAUUCGACAGACACUUAGGUCAACAUGGCUAAAUUACACAAGAAAAAACACAGCUAAUGUACGUUAUAUAUUCCUUCUUGGUGAUAGAAGUGAUUCCGCUCUACAGACGUCUAUUAUUAAGGAAAAUGCAAAGUACAAAGACAUUGUUAAAGGAAAUUUUAUCGAUUCAUACAGAAACCUAACAUAUAAAACUAUGCUGGGACUUAAAUGGGCAGUUUCGUUCUGUUCAAAAGCAAGGUUUGUUUUAAAAACAGACGAGGAUGUGUUUGUUAAUAUACCAAAUAUUUUGAAAUUGAUUUACAACAAAAGUGAAGAUUUUGAUAAGACAUUGGGUGGAAAAUGUACCAGUAUACAGCCAGUGGAAAGAAGUGUAAUUUCAAAAUCUUAUAUUCCGAAGAGUAUGUACACUAAUGACACAUAUCUACCAUUUUGCUCAGGGACUGGCUAUAUAUCAAGCAUGGUUUUAAUAAAGGAAAUAUACAAAGUAUCCAUUAAUGUUACUUUCUUUCCUUUAGAAGACGUUUAUAUUGGAAUGUGUGCGAAAGUAUUAGGUGCUAAACUAAAAGAUAUUAAGGGUUUUGCAAGUGAUAUUCCUAUACGCAAUCAUUGUAUUUUGCAAAACAGAAACAUUUACUCAAUUCAUAGCGUUAGCUCUAGUGAACUUAAAUACAUUUGGACGUCUUCCUGCACAAGUUUGUGAAUAAUUUAAUUUACUCUCUUAUUCGACAGUGCUUGAAAUACACAUGCUGUUACGUUGGCAAAUUACAGCAAUAGUAACAUUCAGUGAUAUGAGCUGUAGUGCAGUGUAGCCAGAUACAUGACAAAACUAAUACGCAGAAAUAGGCUAAACAUUACAGGGUUGUACAGCCUAGAAAAACAUUGACAAAACAGUAGCCUUAUGCUGAACUACCAGUCCAAGAUUCAUCAACCAACGUUGGCAUCCAAAAGUUUUACUUACUUGAAUUGACUUGACUAUGAUGCCCAAAAGAGCUAUCAAGUCACAACGCAUCCAUGUUGAACGGUAUGACAUUUAAUGUAAUUUGAUUGAAAGUAAUCGAACAUAAUUUUGAAGUGCUUAGGACUUCCAUCUUCCCUUGCGUUUUAUUUCUUCUUCAGAAAACCCCCUCUGAUGUGGCAGCCCCUAUUUGAAAGGAAUGAAAUUUAUAAUGUUGUUGGUUAAAACCAAGAUGUUGAAUGGUAUUACGUAACUGCUGGUUAAAAAGCAAUAAGAAAUAAAUUCAUCACUAGGAAACUGAUUUUUAAAUACGAAAACAUGACCUGUAUAGGGCGUAAUGCCAUAUGACUAGUGUUACAAAAAAUGAAUAGUGUAACUGCAUGCGUACUAUGUUUGAACCGUCUCAACGUGCACUCAGUACCAAGUGGUCCAUCUUUUCCCUGAUUAUGUAUCUUCUCCUUCAAUUAUAUUUGAACAUUUGCUUUUAGCAGACAUUUCACCAAUUCGAAGAAAACCAUGGAAUGCAAGCAAUGGCAUAGCAAGAAGAAUGAUUCGCUCUGUAUGCAUUAAUAUUGUGAUUUGCAAAGCAUUCACUAGUUUUAUUAAGAUGUCAAUAGUGAUUGGUGACCUUGUGUGUGGUGAAAUUAGCAAGAGUUUGGUAGCAUACACGGAUAAACAGCUGAUCACAGAGCCUGUCGGGACCUAAAAUGUCUACCAGCUAAAUGUUUCUUCAACACUUUCUCUUUAUAGAAUAAUCCAGUCACAGAUUUUCUAUUGGGUACAACCUGUUGCAUAAUCGGACCACGGAUGUCAAAGAAAAUAACAAACAAUGCUUUCUUAGCACUCAGAAAUCUUUUGGCAAUUGAGGUGCGGCGGCAGUUUUUGGUAGCCCAUAUUUUGUUGUUAAGUUUCCAAGUUGGCUAAAAAGUCUACCCAUGUGUCGUCUCCAGUAUUAAUAUCAGAAAUCUGCUUUCUAUGGUGUUUUGGAAACACUUCAAGCAGGUUUCUGGCUGUUUCAAGUCGAACACGCUUUUGCUUGUCGGACAAUAAAUGAGGGAUCCAUCUAGCUGUAAUGCGUCUCAUUUUCAAUUUACGUUUUAGUAUGCAGAAUACACUUGCAGCUGAGAUACCAACUAUACUAGCUAUCUGUUGAACAGUUAGUCUUAAGUCAGACUGAAUUAUAUCGCAUACUUUUUCGACCAUAUAGUUAGAAGUGGCACGUCAAGGGCUUCCAGGGUUUGGUGCUUCAUUAAUGGAGCCAAAGCUGCCUAAAAACUUCUUAACCCACCGCGUGACUGUGGCAUACGACACUUCAUUUUGCCUAUGAACAUCGCACAAUUGCUCAACAAUCUCCUUCGUAGAUACGCCAAGCUUGCAUCGAGUCUUUAUAUAACCUCGAAUACUAGUUGCCUUUACACUUUUCUUGCCGACCAUUUUUACUAUAGUGUCAAUGACUCUAUCUGUUGCUUUUGUCAAAGUAUUAGCGAUAAUACAGCAUGUACACAUGUAAAUUUGGUAUCUAUCUGUAGAGAAUGGAUUUCUCGUUAUACCGGUAUGCUUUUUAUGUGAAUCCCGUGCAAAGCAAGGCGGCACGAUAAUCAGUUGCAUUAUGCUAACCUAAUGCUGAUACAUGGGCUGUUAUAGUAUUCACUCUGUAAUCCUGGUUAAGAAGAUAUGUAAGGAACUUAACCAUACAUGUCUCAGCAAGGGGGAGAAAAAGCUGAUUUUUUUAGUGUAAUUGGCAACUUCAAUAUACUGCCGCCAGUACUUGUAAUUAGCCUGUUUAGUCCGAUGUGCUAAUGCACAUGCUAUAAGCUGACGCGUCGAUGAACUUAGAUGUGGAGAAGUUUGGUUUCGGUCUUGACCAGCGACGGAAAACAUUGAAACGUCAUCUGCAAUUGAAAACGAGAAAGGUGGUCAGCAACUAAAUUUGACCUACCAGAUACAUGGCAUGAAUAGACGUGAUAACGGAAUAGUAUUCUACAUGCAGACAUCAUCACAGAGUCCUUAGCGCUAGCAUAUUUUUGACACACACAGUUGCUGUAUUAUAAAAUGAAACAUAACUUUAUGAUAAGCCAUAUUUCCACCCCUGAUUUCAAUUGCUAAAUGAACCAUUUUUCUGCAAACCAGAUUUUUCCAAAGACAGCUGUAAAACAUACCGUAGAGGAGCAUCGGUAAAGAGAUAAAAAGUUUCUGAAUGGGACCAACUAUCCUGUAAAAAACAUACACUUGUCGUUGAACGAGUCCAAAGGAAAAGGUGCGAAAAGAAACAACGCAUCUUGUCGCAAAAUUCAAUAAACCAAAUAAAGACAAAGCUAUUCUUAUCUUUAAUUAUCUUUAAUAUCUUAUCUUCAGGCAAACGGAUGACUAUAUCGACAUAAUCUUCUGUCGCAGGGUCAUUUGUCUGUAUAUAUCCUAUAUGAAUUACUAUCAAGCUUUUUCCCAUUUUUCCUAUAUUUCAUUCCUAUAAUUACAUUUCAUAUUCAUUAUUCAUCCACAUAAAUAUCAUUUUCUGAUAUCAUUAACUAACAUGUAGUUUAACUACGGUGACGGACCUCAAUUUGAAUUAAUUGACAUCACCGCCAAUUUCCGUCAUGCAUGCGCGCAGCCAGAAUAGAUUUUGAAGAGAAGACUUGAAAUCUUUGUCUCUCUUGGUAAAAUAUUACAUUAAAUUUUGCUGCCUGCGUGUGCCUUUCAGGUAAACUAUUUGCAUGUUGUAGAGAUAGUACCUAAGUUUUUCAAAUCAUAGGUUUGAAGUUAAAAAGCUUUGAAAUGAAGACAAAUGUCCAUAUAUUUCUCAAAAACAGAAAUAUAGACAAUAUUUUAACCAGAAGUGCGGAGUUAUGAGCAUUUAAUAUUUUCAUGUUAACGAAAAUUUUGUGAUCAAGGAAAUGUAACUCUUCCUAAACAUGGAGAGCAUAAACAUAAAAGGGACAUAAUAUAGUCAAUAAUUUCUAAUUGGGUGCAUUUGAUUUAACAUUCAACUUUGAUCUGUAUUGCUAAAUACUGAUCCAUGAUACUGUGUGCUAAAAAUUAGAACAUCUGGAACAGUCUAUUAACAGCAAAAUAAUGCUUUAGCAGAAUCUAAAUAGUUAAGCUCUAACUGGGACUCGAACCAAGGACCUCUCACACCUAAGGCAGACACUCUACCACUUCCCUAUAACAGCAGUAGCUAAUAGCUAUGCAGUUUAAUUGCUGGAUUACAUUGCGUGAACUGGAACAAUAAUCGGUGAACUCCGGAUUAUCAGCGUUUUCGCUUUGUUACCUAACGGCAAUUUUUGUGUAAAGAAAAAAUAUAAUCUAAUGCUGCCAACGUCAUAAUCGGUCGAAUCUGCCCAAAUUUCUCUGACGUGUUGUUCAGAGUAAGAACUUACUAACUGGUAGUACCAGUGAAAUAUUACUUACACUGAAUAUUUUAUAUUUGCCCUUUUUUGCAGCUGUCGAACGGCAAAGACAGUGAGUUUUGUCCAAAUAUAAGUAAUUAUUUUACCAGUUUUGAGAGGAUUUCAAUUGAUGUGAAAUUACAGUUACAAACUAAAUACCUUUCUGCAACACAUGGAGUCAAUAGCAUUCACUGUCAGUCAGUACUAUGACUACGAUCGACUGUCAUUCAUUCAUUUCAAAGUUUCAUAGACAGAGUCCGUUGUUUACAUUUUUAUCGUAACCGGUGCACUUGUAAAAAUCACUUUAGUCUGAAAAAUCAAAGUAUGCGAAGAGCUAUGGUACGGUCUCUACAUGUUGUGUUGAAAUAUGAUCAUUCCUCAUUUUCUCAUUCAUCAUUUGAUUUAUUUCGUUGUAAUUUUUGAAUUGUCAUGAAAUGAAUGCGCACAGCCAGAAUAGAUUUGAAGUGAAGACUUGAAAUCUUUGUCUCUAAUAGAAAAAUAUGAAAUUUGCUGUCUGCAUGUGUCUUUCAGUCCACAGAAACCCUAGAAGAGAACACACGUUAGCCCGUAUCAUUUUACAUGAAGGGUGACACUUCACUUAUGCAUGGUUUUUAAAAACAAUGCUCACACAUGUGAGCAUAUUGGUAGUUUCAAACAGAACAUCCUUGCAUUCUUUGCAAUUGUUACGAGUUUUAGUUUUUACAGCAGACGGCGAGCGACGUUUAGCCGAUGCCAAAGUGGUGGCUUUUACCCAUAACUCCGUGUGCAUAAACCCCCUAGCUAAAGGCUGAUAUUGUUAAUGCGCUCGAAAUGUUCGGUCGUAAUAAUGAAAAGCUGCAGCAACAUAUGCCCUCACAUGAUCUCUGAUUAAACUACAAUAAGCCUGAUACAGCAUCAGGGUGCUUAACUAUAUAAAUGUCCAAGAACACGUGGAUCGCCGACAACCACUGACCAAUUGACAAUAGUUUUGUGCUAUGUAUUGUUGUUGCCGAAACAGAGACUUUAUUGUUGUUAGCAUUGAAUUGUAACACCAUGUCGGCGUUACUCAUGUAUAAAUACAGUAAAUCGGUCUUUCCACAUGGCCUGCUUCACACGUUCGUCAAUGAAAGCACUCGGCAUCACACUAUACGAGUUAAUGUUAUUAAAAUGUGUUGUACCUUCAGGCAAAACUGGAUUGUUUACUAAAGCGUUUGUUUUAUGGUUUCGAGCAGUAAUUCUUGAAUUAUACUUUGGAACGGGAACACCCAAGGCAUCACGCACAGCGAUGUUCAGAUGUUCAUUGUGGUGCUCAUAAUUUACAUCAUUGGUUGAAUCCUGGUUUUCUGUCAACAUUCCCGCAAAGUUUGGAAAAGGGUCAGUAAUAUCAAUACUUACAAUUUGUGUUUCUUGGUUGUUGUUAUUAUUGUUAUUGUUACAUUGUGUCGGAGCUGUAGAAACAUCUAUCUGAUAGUUCUUUUAUAACAGCCGACACUGUCACAGCUGUUUGCUCUGGCUGCAGUGGUUUAUCAGAUUUUUUUUGGAACCGCGGUUUUGUCUGAGGACACUUUCGUUUUUCUUUGAUGUUAUAUCCAUGUCAUCUACAGUGCGUUUUGUCUUUCCCACUGCGGACAUUCGCUGUUGUUUAUUUCCGGGACCAACACAUUUUGCCAUUAUAAAUUCCAGACAUGAAAGUAUCGUUAAGAUAUAGCUUACUAUACCUUUGAUCUAGCCACUAUAUUUGACAGGCUGUUUGGCUAUGACCAAUUCUACACUCUAGUUAUACAGUCUCGAACACUACGUAGGUACUUAGAAUACCCAAUUUCAGUAUAAAGAUGCAAUCCACCUGAACUAAAAUUAUACUGAUCUGGAUUCCAUAUACCCUGAUGUUUCCAAAACACAACAGGCAAAUGAGCUUCUGAGAUUUCUUUUCCGAAUUAAUAUUUGCUAAAAUAACGUUAUCAUUGUAGCCGGAAAAUGGGACCGACUUUUUCGGAAGCACCUGCAUUACUACCACACGUUUUAUGAAAUAGGGCUACCACGGAUAAAAAUUCAAACAUAACAUCCAUAGUCAUAAUAUUCUUUCAUACAUGUGGCUAACACGGAUAUAAAAGAAAAUAUUCCAUUAAUCAUGAUCUUUUCAUCAUGAUCUUUAUACAACAAAUUGAGGUUAUCACGGAUGUAAAUUCAAUCAUCCCACCAAUAUUUAUUGGGUUUAGACAAAAUUCAGGAUACCACGGAUGUAAAUUAAAAAAUCCUGCCACUAAGUAUCGGUAUUAGAAAUAUAUGCAGGCUACCAUUGAUGUAACAUAUAAACAUCCCACCAUCUCCAAAACUUUUAAACAAAAAUUGCAGCUACAAAACAUUGCACCAGUAGUCAAAACUGUUAUACAUAGAUAGCGGGUACCACAAAUAUGUAAAUUCAAACAUAUUGUCAUAUUCCAUCAUCACCACAAUGUCAUACUGCACCUCUAUCCCCCCGCCCCUCCCCCACCCCACCUUGAUAUGCACAUAUACAGUACCUGCCUGUAUAUAUUUAGUAGAACCUUUUAACUGUUCAAGCAAGCAACUAAACUCAGGUGAGCGAUAUAAGGCCAUAAUGGCAUUCUUUCUUUAAUAGUUGUCAAUUGAAAACUGCUUCAAAAUUGAUAUGACUGGUCAUUUAUAUAUAUUACACUUGAUUCAUGUUUGGUAUUCACUUGAUAUAUUUAUAGAUUUUAAUCUGCUUUGGGAAAUGAAAGGUAUAAAACAGCAAUUUCAUUAUUGAAGUUUUGUAUCUCAAUGAAUAUAUUUAGUAGAAAUGUUAGUUCCUGAAAUUUGGUUUUCCACUCAUUUGUCUAAAUUUGUUUUCUACUGUUUAGAUUUUAGCAUUGCACACAUAUCUAUCAAACUUAACUUUGAAACAGGACAAUAGAUAAUAGAUACUACUUAAUAAUAUUUCACAUGACAACUUAUUUAAUAAAAUCGACAUGAACCUAUAGAUAUUGUAUGCGUUCAUAUGAUAAAUGAUGAUCGUUCAUCC